CUCCAUCGCCACCCAUCGUCGUUAGCCAAUGUACGGUGACGAGAGACUUCAGCCACCCAAUCCCGACGCCGCCCGGAGAUCCGCCGUUAUUGAACCGGACAUAUGACGCCUUACCGUGGGUCGCGAUGGAGCGAUGGCUGCGCUACAAUUAACCUUAUUUGCUGGCGCUUUAAAAUAGAACCACAGGCUCGCCCUCCAUCCUUGUCCUGUUUUCCCGGGUUCCCAUGGGUCGGGUGGCCUUGCAAGGCCUGCCAUUUGAUAUCCAUUAAUGACCAAAACUCCACGGCUAAUCAGUGCUAUUUCCACUCAUCGGGUCUAGACCGAACCGCGGAUAUGAUCCAGGCACACUGCUUUCUGCCACUCACAUGUCUGUACAAAAGAAAAUAUCCGAGUAGAAGCGAUGGGUCUGGUUCAGGAACGAGGCACCAGGAACGUGGCCAACGAGAUUCAAUAUGUACCUUGGAGUUGGGUUCGUGGCGUAGCGGAGGCCUUUGUUGUCCAAUGGAUGGGAAAUUAUUCAACUGGCGAGUGGGAAAAAAAUGGAGAAGUGAAAAAAAAGAAAAGGCCGUCGAAAUUAUAUAAGGAGUAAUCCUCUUCCCGCUUGCCCGCGGUUUCUUUUGACUCAAACACCAGUCAUUCUCUUGCUGUCCAGUCUUUCUUUCAGUCCUUCUUUGAAGACAU